CUCUCCGAACUCCGAAAGCCAACGAGUUGAGAGACGAGAGACACACAAACACUGCAGAGGAGAGGAAGAGAGGAGCCGAAGUCAGAGUCUGCUCACCCAACCCAAAAAAACCUCCACAAACCAAAGUCAACGCCGGAAACCAAGAAGAAGAAGAAGAGGGGAAUUCUCUCUCUCUCUCUCUCUCUCUAGUCUUCCUUCCUCUCUCGCCUCCGCCGCUUGUCCGCGACCAUGUCCGCGCGCCCGCCGCCGCCGCCGCGCCCGCGCCUGGCGCUGCCACCGCGCUCGGCGGCGGAGUCGCUCUUCACGGGCGCCGGCGACGCCAGCCCGGGCCCGCUCACGCUCGCCUCAGCGCUCUUCCCCUCCUCUGACAGCGACGGCGGCGGAGGCGGAGGCGGAGGCGCCAACUCCUCCUCCGGGGCCGCGACGACCUUCACGCAGCUCCUCACCGGCUCCCUCGCGCCGCCUCCGCAGCAGCAGCAUGAGGCGGAGAGGGGACGAGGAGGAGGCGGGGUCGCCAGGGCCGGCCCGGCGCUCUCGGUGGCUCCGCCGGCGUCGGCGUCCGCUGGCGCGUCCGUCUUCACCGUGCCCCCCGGCCUCAGCCCCUCCGGUUUGCUCGACUCCCCUGGGCUGCUCUUCUCGCCCGCCAUGGGGGGUUUUGGAAUGUCGCACCAGCAGGCUCUGGCUCAGGUGACGGCCCAAGCAACCCAUUCUCCACUCAGAAUGUUUGAUCACCUUGAACAGCCAUCUUUCUCCACAGCUGCUACAACGUCGGGAGCUCUACAGCAUAUAAAUUCUGCAGCCAGUAUGGCAGGAAUUUCAGAUAUGACAAUGGCAACAGCAAACAAUGAGAAUGCAUCAUUUCAGUCUGCUGAGGCAUCUCAGAGGUAUCAAGUUAAUGCCCCUGUUGAUAAGCCUGCUGAUGAUGGCUAUAACUGGCGGAAAUAUGGUCAGAAGGUGGUAAAGGGCAGUGAUUGUCCAAGAAGCUAUUACAAAUGUACUCAUCCCAGUUGUCCGGUCAAGAAAAAGGUAGAGCACGCAGAGGAUGGUCAGAUAUCUGAGAUCAUAUACAAAGGCAAACACAAUCACCAACGUCCACCAAAUAAGCGGGCAAAAGACGGCAACUCUUCAGCAGCUGAUCAAAAUGAACAAUCUAAUGACACCACAUCUGGCUUGUCAGGUGCCAAGAGAGAUCAGGACAAUAUAUAUGGGAUGUCUGAGCAAGCAUCUGGUUUAAGUGAUGGAGAUGAUAUGGAUGAUGGUGAAUCAAGGCCACGCGAAGCGGAUGAUGCUGAUAAUGAGAGCAAAAGAAGGAAUAUACAAAUUUCUUCACAAAGGACCUUGUCAGAGCCUAAGAUUAUUGUUCAAACAACCAGUGAGGUUGAUCUUUUGGAUGAUGGUUAUAGAUGGCGCAAGUAUGGACAGAAGGUAGUCAAAGGGAAUCCUCAUCCAAGGAGUUACUACAAAUGCACAUUUGCUGGAUGCAAUGUCAGGAAGCACAUUGAGAGGGCUUCGUCAGACCCUAAGGCUGUCAUAACAACCUAUGAAGGAAAACAUAACCAUGAACCACCGGUUGGUCGGGGCAACAACCAGAAUGCAGGAAUAUCACAACAGAGAGGGCAGAACAACAUAUCUAGUAAUCAAGCUUCACUUCCGAGACCAGACUUCAGCAACACUAACCAGAUGCCGCUAGGGAUCUUGCAGUUCAAGAGCGAGCAAUAGUAACAGAACCUUGCUUACUGUUGUUUGGGUGUCGUUCUUUUGGCAAAUAGGAUGUCUGCAAUUCGUACAGUCAUAUGGCAUCAAAGUUUCUUAAAAGUCUGAUAAUUGAAAUGGUAUCAGUUUACAGUUUUUCCCACAGAUACACAGGAUAGCUGAUACGGCACCAUCAUUUGUAGUUUGUACAUGUUAUUAAGUUCAAGCGUGCAGUAUAUGCAUAUGCUUAUGAUGUUUUGUAGAUGGAUCAGUGGUAUACAUGUUUAUCUUCUGAUUUUAUUCCCAACAUCCAACAAGAUCUUGUAUGUAUUGUAAUAAGCUUGAAAAUAUAAGUGAAUGUACAGAUGUUUUUCAGUUACGUUUUACUUGUAAUUUGUAACUUUCAAGAUA